AACUUUUCUGUGUUAUUUAGGUUGACAGACCUACAGUGGCAUCUGUGGCUGCUCCACUGCAGCUCAAGCUCCGAGAGGACGUGGAGGACACAGGUCUUGUGUCUUUUGACUGAGAGACCAUGGCAAAACUCUUGUGGUUCUCCAUGCUCAUCCUCAUCAUUCCAGUGGCUCUGGCAGUUGGUGUGGAUCAAUCCAAGAAUGAAGUGGUGUCGAAGUACUUUGAAUCCAUAAAUACCUCGAAUGCCAUUGUGAAGCAGUGUGUGUGGUUUGCUAUGAAAGAAUACAACAAGGAAAGUGAGGACAAGUAUGUCUUCCUCGCGGACAAGACACUGCAUGCUAAGCUUCAGAUCACAGACCAAAUGGAAUACCAAAUUGAUGUUCAGAUCUCCCGCAGCAAUUGCAAAAAGCCUUUAAACCAUACUGAAAAUUGCAUCACUCAAAAAAACUCCAAACUGGAAAAGAAAGCAAAUUGCAGCUUUUUGGUUGGAGCGCUUCCCUGGAAUGGACAGUUCACCCUGAUGAACAAAGAAUGUAAAGAUAUCUAAGGGUGUCUUGGAGCAACCCUCCCGCUUCUGGGUUUGCCUUUCUCUGUGAUAAAAGAGCAACAUCCUUCAAGGCUGUCACCAACA